CCUUCAACAGAGAAGUGAGCAUCCUUGUUUUUGUGCGGACCAUGGCCGAUAUAACGGCCCCAAGUGGAAAAUUCCUGGUCAAGAAGGUUCCGUUAUCCAAGCGAAGAUGGCGAGUCUCUGAAGUUGAUUUGCACCAAAUAUCAAGAUUGUUGGGCAAAGGUUGGUGGGAGAUGUUUGCAGGAAAAAUUGGGCUCCAUGAAGAAGUGGAGGAAAUAAAAGUACGUUAUCUUGACUUAGAUAAUCAGAAAUACCAACUAAUGCUGCAGUGGAAUAGUAUGUAUGAAUCAAAGGCAACGUAUAGCAAACUUUUAAGGGCGUUAUCUCAGCUAAACCAAAUUGAUGCCCUUGACAGUGCAUGUAAGCUACUCCAUGCCCAGACAGAGCCUGGUCGACCAUUACCGUCUGUUCUUGAGCAGUAUAGGGACACACUAAAGAGAAGGUAUUCGGAAUAUAGGCUAAAAUCUGUAGUUGAUUGGCCUCCACCUCCUACUGAAAAGUUAGUUAAACUAGCAAUGAUUAAGGGUCCUAAAGUUGACCCGAUGUUUAUUAACGACAUAACAAAAGGAAAUAUUCCCAACGUUUUGAAAGCAAAUGCAGCAAUCGAACUAGUCAGAUUUUAUAAAGAAAUAGAGUCAGGUGAGGGCAAAGUAUUUAUCAUGGAAGGUGCU